AUGAUCAUGGGAGGCUUCCUGGAUAACGACGAUUCCAUAUCGGCGAUCAAGGAAUACGAACGAAAGGCCGUCGCGGCACAACGCUACCCGUAUAUCCAUAAAGGGAUCCCUACCAUCUCCUUUACGGAUAAGGAUGCGAGCGGGCUGGACAUCCCUCACCUUGACCCACUC